GCUAGUGUCAUGCCCAUUCGGAUUGCAGCUGGACAACUUCAUUAUAAGAUCAAAAACAUGGAUUUAUGACCUCUACACCAAUCCCAAUUGGUUGACCGAUACACACAUGGGAGUAGCAUUUUUCUACCUAGGCGUGAAGAGGAAGCAAUUUAAUCUGAAGCAGAAGUUUGCCACAGCAGAUCCUUUAUUAAUUGGCCUGAUAAAGACGAAAGCCGAACUGUUGGAAAAUGAAAACACAACACUGACAGAGGCGGCAUACAAUGGCACAAUCAUGAAUAACAUCUUGGGUACUAGCCAAGUAAACAUGAUGCCAUGGGCAGAUGCUGAUUAUGUAUACAUACCACUUAAUACAGCAAUGCAUUGGGUUCUAUUGGUUUUAGAAAUCAAUGAAAAGCGUAUCCGGGUUUACGACUCAAUGAAAAGAAGAGGGGAUACAGUGUCUAGCAUAAGGUCAUAUACCAAAUGCUUAGAGACUUUCUUGCCGAAGGUCAUGGAGAGAUUAGGAGUGUACGACAAACGUCAACAAGCAGCAAUUGGAAAGGGAAAAUUAAAGAUUGAAAUGGUGCGCAACUGUCCACAGCAAGAAGAUGGG